ACGAAACACCUCCGUGGUCCAAUUAUAGGCUAGCCAUCGAGAAGAGGAGAAGAGAAACGACGAUGUCGACGCAGGCGUACCCAAGCGCAGCUCGGAUAUCCGAUUCUCCAUGUUAUCCUCAGUACACUGCUUCUCUCAAAUGUCUUGAGGAAUCUGGAUCAGACAAGAGCAAAUGCCAGGAGCAUUUUGAUGUUUAUAAGGAAUGCAAGAAGAAGGAGAGGGAGGCUCGGCUGGAACGCAACAAGACCCGGUCAUUCUUCUCCUGAAUUUGCCAUCAGAUAUCUGCAUCGAGUCAUAUUAAUAUGGUUUUCUCCUUUCACUAGCUCUCCUCUUCAGAAGAAAAGGUUGACGCAAUGCAAUAAGGCCUUUUUCUCGGGCACUGUUCUUAUAGUAGGUGUGUACGUGGAUCCAGUGAGUUAGAGAUUGUUGUUCCAUUCACGAUGACACCUCAAGUACCAUUGUACUGUGCGUUUUUAAAAUAGUUGAUGCUUGUGUUAAUGCAUCUGAUUCAGAAGGA